UCGAGAGCGCUGCUGUUCACUGACGUACGCCGCGGUGACGCCGAAUUCGGCAAGCUCGUCAGUCUCGCAAUGGCGUUAGUCGGAGUUGGUUGUGUGUUCGUUUAGUUUCGCAACAACCCGAGCGGACACCGGCCCAAAAUAUUGGCCUGUCUAUAUCUGCUCGAAUUACUCGGAAACACUUCCUGUAAUUCUUUCACGCAAUCAAGCGACUUCUACACCGCCACGGACAGUCAAAUUUUGGUACGAUAUCCACUCAGGGCGAAUCAUUUCAAGAUAUCAUGUUCAUCUCAUCGUAGUUCCUCAUCGUUUUAAGUGUUUGUGUGUGUUGUGAACUUGAGUGUAAAGUGACAGUGUAGUGAUGGAUCCAGGAUCGCCUUCGUUAUUGUUCCCGCUGCGCCUGAGCAAGCCGGCGGUGACGUUGCCGGUGCCAGCGAGCGAGGAUGUCAAAGUGGAAGACCGUGCGCAGUCGCCGACGCUUGCGGACCGGCUGUCUGCGGCUCCACCAUCCCCGUCCAGCCCAGCGCCCGCAAGUCCUCCUCCGCCUCAGCAUCACUUCCAAGCGGCUUUGGUCGCUGAGAAAUACCUUCUAUUGGAACAAGUCGAAGGGUCCUCUCUUUGCCGAUGUGUGGACGUGCGCACGCAAGAGGAGUAUGUUUGCAAAGUGGUAUCGAGAGACUGCAGCAGCUUACUCCAAGCCCACUACCGGCUCGAUGGCCAUCCGCACGUUAAUCCCAUACACGAAGUUCUAGUCGGCGAUAAGAGAGUAUAUCUGAUAUUUCCCCGAUCGCACUCCGACCUCCACUCGUACGUGAGAGCGCGGAAACGGUUACGGGAACAUGAGGCCCGGAGGCUGUUCAGGCAAAUGGCGGAGACGGUGGCGGCGUGUCACGAACAAGGCAUCGUGUUACGGGAUCUCAAAUUGAGGAAGUUCGUCUUCGCGGACCCACAGAGGACAACGCUUAAACUGGAAUCGCUGGAAGACGCAGUCGUUCUCGAUGACCCCGAGGAAGACCUUCUCCAAGACAAACGAGGAUGCCCUGCUUACGUCUCACCUGAAAUCUUAAGAGCACAUAGAACGUACUCAGGAAGAGCGGCGGACAUGUGGUCGCUCGGAGUCAUCCUAUACACCAUGCUCGUUGGAAGGUAUCCGUUCAACGAUUCGGAGCACGCUUCGUUGUUCGCGAAGAUCUCGCGGGGGUACUUCGUGGUGCCGGAGUGUUUGUCGUCGCGGGGGAAGUGCCUGAUCAGGUCUCUGCUGCGGCGGGAGGCGUGCGAGCGGCUGGGCGCGCGCGACGUGCUGCGGCACCCGUGGCUGGCGCGCGACCCCCGCAACGAGCUGCCGCCGCGCGCCGCCGCCUCGCACGACCGCCUGGUGCCCGACGUCGACAUGGACGACGACUGUAUCUAACUCUGUCGCCGUCGAGUCCGCGAACGACCAAGCAUUUCACUAUUUAUUUGUUGAAAACAAAAGUUGCAUAGAGACGACUAGUCAGUCGUAUAUACUCGUCCCAUUCGAAGUGCAGCUCGCGGCCGGCGCUGGCGUCGGCUGAACCACCGUUUGUUGCAAUAGCGCGUCCAGGCGCCGCGGCGCAGUGGACGCCCGUGAUGACACGUGAAUUUGUUAAGUUAAUCCGGCCUAAGUCCGAAGCUUGCGGUUGCGCUCACUGAAAUAGUCCAUUACGUAAACCUAUAUCGAUGCCGCGUGUUCAAAAUAUUUCAGUAGUGACCCGAAGCCAAAUAAAGGUCUCCCCGGAGAUUUAUGUUAGAUUAAGGCCCCGGUUAUCGCACGAGCGGCUGGCCCGCCCGCGAUCCGUAUUUAUAAACUAAGAGCUGAACGACAAUACUAGCCGCGAUGGCGGAUUUUAUUGACAGCAUCGUUCAAGCUUUCGAGCUGUGGUGUAGUCGUAAUGAUUGUAAUGACAGAAUAAGUGAGACUGAUAUCGCGUUCUUGUGAUUUAUCCUCGGAAACGAUAGCGAUCCAACUGUUGUGAAUGGGGCCGCUGGAGCCCGGGUCCCGGAGCCCGCGCGGCCCGUCAGCUACGAGUUAUUUAUUGAAGCGUGUUAACUAUUACAUUAAAUCCUCUUAAGCUAAUGUAAUCAUAUCAAUUUCACAACAAUAUAAUGGGUAUAUUGCAUUGAAAUUGUCGCAGUAGUGUUAGGUAAAUUACCUAUGUAUAUUUUGUAUUUAUAUAAAAGUAAAGUUAUAUUGAGUAAUUGAUCUCCACCGAUGUUAUUUAGCGAUAACUUGAUUGCCAUUAUGUUGUUACGCAGAAGUUAUAGAUCUUUUGUUGCACAACGUUCAGUUGCUUCCAUCAUAGAGAUAUUUUCAUUAUAUAUUUGGUUAUUAUUAAAUCGUGAUUAUUUGGCAAAUCUACCAUCGAAAUUAUUAUUAUGUUGUUAUUAUCAACCAAAAUUAUGUUAAAAUAUAAAAUUAUAUACACAUCACCAUGUACCGAAAAUGGUCGUAGAUUUGGUCUGUGCCAUUUAUUUAAUUUAAACGUAAUAAUUUAUUGUUGGUAUCGAUGCGUUGUGUGUGAGGCACUCUUCUUCCUUGUUUAAACUAAAUUAUUUUUAUUUCCAUUUGGUACUUGGUGUUGAGUUUUAUUUUGAUUGAUUCGAGAUCAAUUUUGAUUUUAGUUUUUAUUAUAAAUUAAUUUGUUUCAAAUCAAGAUAAUCGGAAAUGUUACCAUGUCUAAAUUGUUGAUUUGUUUAGAAAUGUUUUCUUUUUUUCUUUGAAUCAUUUUGUUCUUAAAAAAGUGUUUUGGAUUCAUGGGGCUGGAUAUAUGGCGCUAUAGAAUUGAGUGUUACAAUCUAAAUCAUAUCAAUUCUAUUGGCGGCCGCAUCCCCGAAAACUGUAGUCAAGUCUUUCAAUGUGGAAAGCAAGUUGUACAAUAGUAGCUUACUAUGUAAUAUAUACAAUUACUACUUUAAUUUAUACAAACUGUAAAUAAGCUAAGAUAACAAUAAGGAUCAAAAAAGAAAGAAUGAUAGAGGGAAUUAAAUAAUUUAGAAAAUUUA